UAGGCGCCGGCUCGGAAACUCGCUGGUUGUCUGGGCGGGGCCGGCCGUGACGUCCUUGGCGUGGCUGGCAGGGGAGGCCACGGCGGGGAAAAUGGCGGACGGGAAGGCGGGAGAAGACAAGCCGGAGAAGCCGCAGCGGGCUGGAGCCGUCGGAGGACCUGAAGAAGAAGCAGAAAAACCUGUGAAAACUAAGACUGUUUCUUCCAGUAAUGGAGGGGAAAGUACCAGUCGCAGCGCUGAGAAGCGAUCGGCUGAAGAAGAAUCUGCAGACCUCCCCACAAAGCCCACAAAGAUCUCCAAGUUUGGAUUUGCCAUAGGUAGUCAGACGACAAAGAAAGCCUCGGCUAUCUCCAUCAAACUUGGAUCAAAUAAGCCUAAAGAAGCAGCUCCAACUCUUGCUCCAAAAACUCUUUCGGUAGCAGCAGCUUUUAAUGAAGAUGAAGAUAGUGAACCAGAGGAAAUGCCUCCAGAAGCAAAGAUGAGGAUGAAAAAUAUUGGAAGGGAUACACCAACAUCAGCUGGACCAAACUCAUUCAAUAAAGGAAAACAUGGGUUUUCUGAUAACCAGAAGUUAUGGGAGCGAAAUAUAAAGUCUCAUCUUGGAAACGUCCAUGACCAAGACAAUUAAAUGAUGUGUUUUGAAAUUGGGGUUACGGGGUGGGUGUAAAGUUAAAAGGAACAGUUCCCUUUUUUAAAGAAUGGUAUAAGACUAUCUUUGGAGCCGCCUUUUUUUUUUGUUUGUUUGUUUGUUUGUUUGUUUUUAAGAUUGAGUGGUACACUAAUGAGAGUUUGAAAUUAGAGGUAAUUUAUGUUUUAUAUACAGAUUUCAAGACAUUUGCUAAUUUUGUAGUUUCAUGUGAUUAGUUCCAAAGGUGACAUAUAGUAAAAUCAGAAAUGGUACCUUUUUGAGAAUUACAUAUUUUUUUAGACACAACUAUUAGCACACUGAGAAGGAAACAAGUUUUUAUCUAUUUAAACUGUAAACAAUUACUCUCUUAACUCCCUUAUUAACCAAAAUGGCUCCCAGGAACAGCCUUAUAAAGAGGGGAGUACUCUGUUGGGAGGGAAAUGUUACGAACUAUUGAUUGAACGUGAAUUAGAUAAAAUGAAAUAUAGCUCCCCCCAUGGGCAUUUUUGUUUGUUUCAAGUCAUCGUAGGAUUAAGUAAUGCAUUGCUAUCAGUGGAUACAGAUGCUUAGCUGUUAAACAAAUAUAUAGUCAACUUGAGUAUUUGAAGAAGCCCAUUUACCUUUGUCUACUUUAAUUAGUCUUCAAAGAACAACCAUUUGCUACCAAAGUAAAUCAGUAUUUUGAAUGUGCUUCUCUUGGUUUUUGUUAUUAGCUAGUUUUCUGUAAGCAUUUCCACCAGAAUUUGUGGAAAUGGUAAGGAAACUGUUUCUUUUAAAUGACAAACCACCACCAAAAAUUUAAAUGUACAUAAUACUUAAAUAUUAAGGUGUUUUUAUUUUCAAAGAGGUAUAGACACCAAAAAAGAAAAAAAAAAAAAGCAUUGUAUGAAGAUGGAAAAUAAGAAGAUGCACUUUCCUGUAAUUUUGUCCAAACAUUUAGUUACUAACUUGUGAAAUACAACUUGAUUUGAGCUUAACACAGGAUUUAUUUAAUGUUUCAUCUUUAGUGUAUACGUACGUGCUUUCUCAUAGGCACAUUUUAAGUUACUGAAAACAAAAUAAUGCAUCUUCAAGCAUA